AUGUUCCGUAAUGGUUUACGUUUAUUAAGCAAAGCUGUUGAAGUUGAAGCUAAAGUUGCUGCUGCUCCAAGCACUUCAAGCGCCCCAGAAUACAUCAGACCAUACUUAGAUGGUGAAAAAGCUUUACCAGUUGUCCCAGAAAGAAAAGAAUUCACCACUGAUAUUGAUUUUGCUGAUGCCAUCCUUUCACAUCCAGUUCUUGCUAAAUCACCAAAAGUCUUAAGAGCUUACAAUGAAUUCAUGGAAGCUAGACGUAAUAGAGCUUCAUUCGAUGCUUUACCAGGUAUUGAUUCAACUCCAGCCAAGAUCAACUGGGAAUUCUAUGAAUCUAUUUUACCAAAAGACACUGUUGCCUUCUUCAAGAAUCUCGACACUAAAGCUAAAGAAGUCAUCGAUUCAUGGGCUACUGAAGAUGCCAAAUUUGUUGAAUUUGUCGAAAAGAAAUUCGAAGCUGAUCAACAAGCCUCAUCACAAUACAGACAAUCACUUUUAAAUACCAUUCAAGAAAUUGAAGGUGAACAAAAGAAAAUGGAAGACUUUUUAUCAAAUCUUAGAAAUACCACUUUCGAAUCAUUAGAAGGUAAAUACCCAGAUCUCGAAGAAGAAAUUUACAACGAAAUUGAAAAUGAUGAAUGGAUGGUUAAUGACAAAGUUGGUGAAAAUACUAUUUUCAACGCUGCUAAAAAAGCUCACCACCACUAA